AUGUGCAGUGCUAGGAACAGCAAAGAUACUGCGCAGAACCCUCAAGCUCCCUGGCCUCUGGUAGAGGACCCGAGCUUAGAGAGGGAUAACCGCCCGCGGAGGGCCAAAGGUGUGAAGAGUGAGACACUGACACAGGUGGCCUCGGUGACUGUGCAGCCAGGGCACACUCUCUCCCUCCCCUGUAACGUCUCCUACUCUUUAGGCAGCUACUUCACUGCAUGGAUCAGACAGCAGGCAGGGAAAGGCCUGGAGUGGAUUGGAAGCAAAUACACCGGAGCAUCCUACUAUAAAGAAAGUCUGAGGAACAAAUUCAGUAUUGAUUUAGACACCUCCAGUAACAAAGUGACUCUGAUCGGACAGAACAUGCAGCCUGCAGACUCUGCAGUGUACUACUGCGCAAGAGGCACACAGUCAAACAAAGAAUGA